AGCAAGCAUCCAGGAUCAUCAUCAACAUCAUCAUCGCGGCGUGUUUUGGUUGUGCUGUUCCUGCCUUUGAAUACAUUGAUUACGCGCAUAAGGAGCGCAAACAUGAAGUUCAUGAAAACCUGCUGUUGUGGUUGUUGUACAGUUGAGACUGGAACCAAAAUACUUGGCAUCCUCGGAGCUAUAUCAUUCACUUCACAACUAUUCGGCACAAUCUCCGGUGCGAUGGACGAUCACUACAGAUCGUUGACACAGUUCGUCUCAGUUGAGAAGAUGCCUUUUAAACUUCAUGACUUCGUUGUGACCCACGCUGUCUUCUCUGCAAUUGGUCUCCUUGUGUGCAUCCUCUGCACUGUGGGAGCUUUCCAGAGGCGGCGCCACUUCAUCAUUCCUUAUUUGGUGGUUGAAGCGAUCAUCCUCGUUGAACUUGGAAUCGUCAUCAUUUUGCUCAGUCUCCUUUGUGGCGUGGUCGCUGCAGUCGAUACGGAAGGCGAUGAGGGUGCCACGUUCACAAAGUCGGUUACUAUUGCGUUCGUGGCAUCGUUGGCUAUUUCACUACUCAUCACAUUAUUCAUGGCCAUCUAUUAUUUCAUUGUGGUCCUGUCAUUCUACAAGGAGAUCGAGGCAUCCGAACGCAACCCGCAGCCUUCUGUAGCGUACUGCAGUGUGCCUGGCAAUGUCCCUCCUGGCUAUCAACCUCUAGGAUACCCAGAGCCUGGCGGAGGUCCUCCUCCAGGUUAUGGUCCCCAAGGUGGUUUCUGCCAUCCUCUUCCUGAGCAUAAGGGAGAUGUUGUGUAAAGAGAAGAAUAUUUGCUUUGUCUGUUAUAUGGUUAUCUGCGUGAGCAAGUGUGAUUGCGUACUUCUAUAAGUGUGCAUAUGCAUAAGUGUUCCUCGAAUUUAUUUUUCGUUGCCUUGAGAUGCGAACGUCUUAUGCUGAGCCUACUUUUUCUCUCCUCAUGUUUUGAAUGUUUCAAAUAGUGACAUUCAUUUUUUUGGUGGUGGCAUGCAGUAAUGCUAUUCUUCUUCGAUUAUCUGUAUCUGCUGAGGAAAGUGUAUUGGAUAACACGCUUAAAACGUUUAGGUUAUUCCUUUUAUGUGUCGUUGAAAAACGUUGAUAGAGGAUUACGAAUCGGACAUUCCUUCUCUGGUGACCUUAAGGAAAGUUUAAAAUUUUACAAACAAGGGAGAUAUUAGGAAUACUGAUGCGGAUAUUAGUCUAGGAUAGCCUGAGAAACUGAAAAAGGGACGCAGUAACCUACGAGAAGCAAAUUCAACAUUUUGACAGCACUUGUGAUAAGUCACCUAAUAGUACACAUACCCUUAUAGCAUACUCUUGCAGAUACUCCCAUGUUCGCCGUCGAUAGCAAGUCAUCGUCCCCAUCUUUGCAACUCUGUGCCAUUUUCCACGCAUGUUCGCUGCACAAAUAACUGAAGCUAUUAAGGAAGGUUCAGCUUUUGCAAUGCCAUCCAAUAGGCUGCAGUUUAUGCACAGUUCUUGUACACCUGCAAGUUAACACGAGGACACGCACUGAUGGCUCCGGUAAUGGAACGACAAAGUAUUCCUCGGGUGCUGCAAUCCGUUGCAUAUGACAUUUUUGGUCCUCGUCUUUCACAAAGCUUUACGCGUACGGAUUAAUGUGGAAUUCCACACAAAGGUACCGUUGUCUGCGUAUAUUGCUAAUGCCCGCAUGUAUAUGGGCCGGUACCAGUGUUGGUUCCAUCCAGCCUUGGUGAAGCUACACAGAGCCCCGACACGAGCGCUGUCAUUCACCAUGGUUUCACCAAACACCAUAGCUGUCACUAUCCUAGUAAUAUGCGCUUGUGAAACUACACAGCCACCUCGUCAGCUGAGCAGACUCAUCCGACUGUCGCUGCUGGUUUGGAAACCGUGCUUGUCACUGCCUUACAACUUUUCAUGCUAUGUAUGAAACUGCUGCAGUGCAUGUCUCAUGCAUGAUACUUCACUUGUUGUGCUGUUGAAGAAACAUUGUUUGCCUAACCGUUGCUACUUGCCUUAUAUUUGUAGCCCUUGCCCAAUGCUUAGCAGAAUUAAGUAAAAUGCAUAUUUUUUCUAACGAAAUGCUGUAUUUUUAGGGCCUUCAGUUUUCGGGUAAAACCUGAUAAAGCCCGUCUUUACCCCCCGAUUUACAUCAAAAUAGUUCGGGUUUAACCCGAUAAAACCCGUAAACCGGGCAUGCGAAAGUGCGAACCAAGGACUUGAUCCGCACACGCGCGACCGCUCCCGGCUUGCUCCUGACCGCGCCGCGUCUUGCUGGUGAAGUAAACAAAACACGUCAUGUUUGGAUUUGUGGACGCUUGCAUGCAGGUCCGAUUUCUAGCGUGAAAAAGUUCCUUUGGUAGGCGUCACCAUUUGAAAGUUGGCUUCACCUAACACUUCCGUGUAUAGCGGUCAAGCCCACUUCAACGAAUGUUUAGUGUUGCUUUAAGUGCACGUUUGUAUAUUUAGCGGAACUUUUCGAUUCAUAUAUUUGUAUUACGAGAACGCCAUCUUUAACCUAUGACAUCAUACACUUUGUUUAGUGAUAUAUUAGGUUAGAUUAGUGCGGCUGUGGCAGCUUGCCUCGCACUCCCAACUUCAUUAUCAAAGCGGCCAUGGUCAUAUUAAUUUAAUCUAACUUCACUAAACUAACCUAAGACAUCAUCAACUCGGUUAGUUUAGUGAUAAGUUAGAUCGGGCCAUGACAGCUUCUCUUGUCCCUCAAAAUCCGUUUAAAUAAUGAGGUGAAGCCGCCUUGCAACAUGGCAACGCCAACCAAAGUAAUACCCUGAAAAAAUGGCUAAGAAGCAAGCGAGCUGGUGAAGAUGCAUAAUACAUUAUUUUUACAUUACAAUUUUACAUUAUGCAUAAUACCCUGGUUUCGUACCAAAAAUGCCCUGUGUUUUUCACACCCAAAGAAAUGUAGUCUGCUACAUGAAAGCUUGUGUCAAUAAGUAAGUUGAAAACUUCACUGUUGGAUUUUUGUACUGUUAGUGCUUUCCGUGGACGUUGAUGAGACCCUUUCUUGUGCUGUUACCAAAAUAGCAAAGGAUUCAGGAAAAAUCACGCUAAACAAGAAACAAAGAGUUAAGCAACGCUCGGCGUUCCUUGAAGUGGGUUUGCCCGCAAUACACGGCAGUGUUAGGUGAAGCCAACUUUCAAAUUUUGUAGGGAGUCUUUUGUAUCAGCAAAGUACGCGGAGUAGUAUAUAGGAUGCAGCAACAGCCAACGAUGUACGAGGCAUACCAACGCGACCGCGAGCAUGCUCUCAACACUCAUCGAUGGAUGAUGCAUCGAGGGAUGAGACUGAACAUGCCACUUAUUCUUUUCAUAAACAGGGGCCAGUCCAAGCCUUAGUGGUUAUACAGUGAAUUAUGAUCCAGUCUCUUAAUAAAUAUUCUUUCACUUAAUUUCAACACUCCACAGACCGACCGCUGUGGCGUCGCUCAUGAUCUCAGUUGUCUCGCGACGUAAACCCCCAAUUAUUAAUUAAUUAAUUUCAACACAUAAAAGUAUUUUUUUUUCACCCGAAAAUACAUCACUUCUCAGUAUAUCACCCGAUUUUACCCUGUUUGGCAGGUCCUGGUUUUCAACCCGAUAUUUACCCCCGAUUUUCACAAAAAAUAAACCCCGAAAACUGAGGGCCCUAUGUAUUUUCCUGAGCCCCCGUUCUCUUUGGCUAAUUACAUUCGCUGUUCAGGUGUUACGAGUCUGUUAACCUUACCGGGUUCGGGUGUAGUCUGUUGUGCAAGGUUAUGAAAAUUUGUUGCUGACGUACUGUUUGAUCAGCCUAUGGAUAUAAGGAAAAUUUACGUCUCUAUUGUUUUUGCUCCACUGUCAUUGCGAAAGUACACAUAAAGGUGACAACUGUUGAACAUAUUCUGGGCGAUUGCUUUCUACGGGAAAGUUUCAACUUUUUCUUUUCUUCGAAAACCGUCCUAAUUCGAGACGUGCCUGGGGGGGGGGGGGGGGGGGGCGUGUGAUUGCACUAGCUGCACAGUUGAUCCCUCUGGAUACUGUGGAAUAAAAAUGACGCGAAUAUUUCCUGAC